AUGGACAAGAAGAAGUUGUCAGUACUCAUCCUGUUAGACCUUUCCAAAGCUUUCGACAGCGUUAGUCAUACCAUCAUACUUCAAAAGCUUGGUCGUGUGGGUGCGUUGCCAGACACGGUAAAUUGGUUUUGUAGUUACCUGUCUCGUAGAAGUCAGUACGUUCGCAUUGGAUCUGCAGUGUCCUGGCUUCUCCCCAUCACGCACGGUGUACCGCAGGGUGCCAUUCUAUCGCCUCUGUUGUUUAGUAUAUACGUGAACGACCUACUGUACCUCAGGCACCGCAAACAUCCGACCUCGAUUCUUACGUUGACGACUCGAAAGUCCUACUAUCUUUUCUCAUUAAAGAUCUGGAACAAGCAACUAUAAAUCUAGAAGAAGACCUUGCAAGAGUUGCCAACUGGUGUUCUACGAACCAAUUACUACCUAACCCCUCGAAAACCAAAUUUAUCCUUAUAGGAACCCGACAAUUAUUGCAGAGACUCCCUAAGGAAAUGUCGUUGACCUUUCUUGGAGAAGUCAUUAUAUCGGUUACGUCAGCGAGUGAUUUGGGUGUAACUCUUGAUACCCACCUCACAUUUGACUCCCACAUUACCAAAGUUGUUUCAUCCUGUGUGUCGAAACUAUGCCAGAUUAACCGGGUCAAAAGCAGUUUCGAUCAUAAAACGCUAUACUUCUGA